GUGCCUCCCAGUACCACGCCACAGUCUCCAGCCCGGUGAGAGCCCAGCGGGGCUGGCAGAUAAUACUCAUCUGUGCUUUGAAACAGAGAGCUGUCAACCAAAGAGGCCACUUGACACACACGUAUCACGUGCACUUCAGGCCUUCUAAAGGCAAUGGUGAAAGAAAAGAAAAGACUGGACAGAAAGGGGGACAAGCCUGCCCGCUCUCCCUCCGCACUCUCGGAUUAUCCAGAGUUCUCCAAACAAGACGGGGAUGCCACCAGGCAAGAAGGUGCUGUCCGGCUGGGAAUGCAGCUCAGUGGAGCAGAAUCCAAAAAGGAGUCCCAAAACCACCAUCAGGGUGAAGGUGCCACUCAAUAUGAAGAGCCCGUUCUGACCAAGCUCAUAGUUGAAAGCUACGAAGGGGAAAAAGUCCAUGGACUCUAUGAGGGAGAAGGCUUUGCAGUCUUUCAAGGCGGUUGUACCUACCAUGGUAUGUUUUCAGAAGGACUCAUGCAUGGACAAGGGACUUAUAUUUGGGCCGACGGAUUGAAGUAUGAGGGAGACUUUGUGAAGAACAUUCCCAUGAGCCACGGCGUGUACACAUGGCCAGACGGCAGCACCUAUGAGGGAGAAGUGGUGAGCGGCAUAAGGAAUGGAUUCGGCACAUUCAAGUGCAGCACGCAGCCCGUGUCCUACGUUGGGCACUGGUGCCAUGGCAGGAGACAUGGGAAGGGCUCCAUUUAUUACAAUCAAGAGGGCACCUCUUGGUACGAGGGAGACUGGGUGUACAACAUCAGGAAGGGAUGGGGCAUCAGAUGUUACAAAUCCGGAAAUAUAUAUGAAGGUCAGUGGGAAAACAAUAUGCGCCAUGGGGAAGGCAGGAUGAGAUGGCUGACAACUAAUGAAGAGUACACUGGUCAGUGGGUGAAGGGGGUCCAGAAUGGCUUUGGAACACACAUAUGGUUUCUAAAGAGAAUCCCUACUUCCCAGUAUCCUUUGAGAAAUGAAUACAUAGGAGAGUUUGUAAAUGGAUAUCGUCAUGGCCAUGGAAAGUUUUACUAUGCCAGUGGAGCCAUGUAUGAGGGAGAAUGGGUUUUCAAUAAGAAACAUGGCAUGGGCCGAUUAACUUUCAAGAAUGGGCAUGUGUAUGAUGGCCCAUUUUCCAGUGACCACAUAGUGGAGUUUCCAAAUCCUGAAGUUGAAUCGAUAAGUCACAUGGACCAGUCUUCAGAAUCUGCUGCCAGGAGCUGGUCCCAAGGGCCUUCCUGCAUCGGUGCUGAAAUUAUCAGAAAGCAUGACGGUAGUGAAAGUAACUCCGUAUUAGGAUCGAGCAUUGAGCUGGACCUGAGCUUGCUGCUAAACAAGUACCCUGAGAAAGACCAACCAGAGGAAAGGAGGCAGGUAGAAUAUGCUAUCUUAAGAAAUAUUACAGAAUUAAGAAGAAUCUAUAACUUUUACAGCAGCCUAGGAUGUGAUCACUCUAUGGAUAACACCUUUCUGAUGACAAAGCUUCACUUCUGGAGGUUUCUAAAGGACUGCAGACUUCAUCACCAUAACAUGACUCUUGCUGAUAUGGACAGGGUAUUAAGUGCCAAUAAUGACAUACCAGCUGAAGAAAUCCAUUCUCCAUUUACAACAAUACUUUUGAGAAUGUUUCUGAAUUACCUCCUGCAGUUGGCUUACCACAUUCAUCACAAAGAAUACCAAAGUAGAAGCCCAUCGCUCUUUUUGUGUUUUACAAAACUGAUGGCUGAGAAUAUUCAUCCAAAUGCUUGCUGUGUAAAAGGUAUCUUAUUCAGUGGGCAGCAGCGGACGCUCUACUCGAUGAACUACAUUGAUAAGUGCUGGGAGAUUUAUGUGGCGUACUGCAGGCCAAGUGCAGCACCUCCCCACGAGCUUACGAUGAAGAUGAGACAUUUCCUCUGGAUGUUGAAGGACUUUAAAAUGAUAAAUAAAGGAUUAACAGCAACCAAAUUUGUGGAGCUCAUAGCAGAGGACAACCCUUCCUUGGAUGACGGCAUUGACAGCAACUUUGAACUUGAGCUGGUUUUCCUGGAAUUCUUUGAAGCUCUCUUAAGCUUUGCAGUCAUCUCUGUCACUGACCAAAGGACAAAAUCCUACUUAAAUAUUCCACAUGAUGACUUGCCUGGAAACAAACAUGGAAGUGUUUACACAGUAACAAAUCAGAAAUCCUCUGUGUUGGUGCUCACUUCUGACUCCCAGAACAGGAGUCCUUGUGCAGUAACAAGCCAGGAAUCAGAUAUACCCUAUGACAGCACCAAGUCAUCUUCAAGCAAGUUAGCACCCUUGCUUGGCAUCAGCAAAAUAAGUAAAUCAGAGCUCACGGUCAGGAAGUCCCCAAGUGAUGAAAUAAUUCCCAAAAUGAAAUGUAAGUCUUCAGGAAAAGGGCUAACCUUUCUAUCUCAAAAUGAGACAGAAGAAAAACCCAAGGAUGAACAAAAGGAGAAACUCAAUAUGUGGAUCAAUAAUGUGUAUACCUUCUUUGUGAACACGCUCUUCCAGGCACAUAAGCAUGAAGAAACUCUCAAGGAGAAAGUAAAGGAAGACAGGUCACAAGCCACAGCAAUGGCCCAACAAAGGAAAAUUGAAAAUGAUGCGCUGGAAGCAAGGCUGAAUAGCUUGAGAGAGGAAGAGGCCAAGAGACAAGGCUAUGAGGUUGACAUCACUGUGGUCACAGAACUGGUGGAUACCCCAUCCUUGAACUUCAUGCCCAGCCCCCCUAAAGAGGACAUAGUGGUAUCCCAAGCCAGCAAGUCCGCCCCAAGUACGAAAAAGAAAAAGUAGAGAUUACUGGUUUGUAAGUGGGCCAGAAGAAUAAGCAGGUGUAAAGGAGUUUAGAACCAAAGCAUACUACCCAAUUUCCUAACUAAUAAAGUUAUUAGAAGUACAGCACAGUGUUUUGGAAAUAUGACUACCUGGGCACACUGUGUGUCGUUUCUUAUGUGGUUGGAUCAUUGAAAUGCCUGUGUUUUGAAAACUGAGCUGAGUGAAAUACAAGCAUAUGGGCGCAUUCAUUGUUUUUUAAAAAGCCAAAGUAUUGGUGUUAAGUUAAGAAUCUCAUAGCGCCAAUCAGAAGACAGUAGGAGUGGAUCAAAUUUUUAAACAUUUCCUUAGGUCCCCUUCCCCCAGCCUAGAAUGCCACCCCAGCCCCUUGUGACCACCCUGUGUCCAGAUCCUACCCGUGUCCUCCACGUGUAGCCUCUCGCCGGGCUCCUUCCCUGGCUCUCUCCCACCACGUCCCAAGGAGUGCAAACACCACCACACGGCCAGGAGGCCAAACAACAGGAACAGGGGCCAGUAUGCACUUGGCAGUUAAGGGAGUACUUUAGUCUGUUAGAAAAUGCUAUGCUAAUAAUGUGUUAAAUUUCAGGGUAGCUACCAAAAGCAUAAACAUACAACCUACAACUUCCAAGCUAGCAGGAGAAAGAAACUAUUAUCCCACAAAAAGCUGGAAAAAGGGAAAACUACAAAGCACAAAGGUGGAAUCAGAUGAUGCAUAAGAUGGCAGAAGUACAAACAUACCAGUAGUCACCCAUGUGAGCAGGUCAAACUCACCUCUUCCUCCCCUGCCCCUCAAAUCCCGAGAUAAUGAUUAAAUCAGAACAAUCAAAAUUUACUUCAGUGUUUCUCUUUACAAGGAAAACAUCUUAAACAAAACGAGACAGAAGGGAUGAAAAUAAAGAUACAGAAAAAGAUACACCAGGAAAAUCUAAUAAAGAUGACUGGAAUAGCACACAAUAUUAAAAACAAAAAACAGAAUUUAAAGCAAAUAUCUGCAUAAUAGAGAUAAAAGUAAAAAUGAUAAAAGGACCAAUAACUAAGGAGAUACAUUAUACAUUAUUCAUGCACAUCUUACACACCAGCCUUUCAAAAACAGUGUUACAGUGAAGAAAACUACAGUCAUGAUGGAAGAAACAGACCAGGAAGAGAAACAUCUGGUAAGGUUAAAACUUAACAGUCUGAACUAACACACACAGUUAGAAACCAGAGUGCAACAGAGGAUAAACAGACAAAAACACAGAAUGUACCUUAGGUUGAGAUGUGCCAUUUCAAAUGCUGCAUCAGAGACCACGAUCUAAUGCACUGCAAUUAAUAAGUCAGCAACGAACACAUACAAUAAAGCAAGCCUGCAUCACUGGAAACUAGAACAACCUUCAGUAACUCAUGGGUUAGUGGGAAAUCAUAAUGGAAAUUGUGAAUUAUGCAAGAGAGGCUGUGCACUGAUGGGUUCCUCUCUCCCUGAACUUAGCAGGCUCCUGCAGGUUGGGGAAUUGCUGUGGAGAGCCCUCUUAGGGCCCAGGUAGUCCCAGUUUUACCAGACCAUGCCUGGCUAGUUUUCACCAAAACUCUGGGAUGGCCAGACCACCAACAGUCAGGUGAAGUUAGAGAAAAUGCUCAGCUGUGAAAUGCACGCAGCUGCGGUGACUUGGGAGGCCUCCAUGACAGAUGAAGGAAGCGCUAUGUUCAGGCCACCCUGGCAUGCUUUCAGGAAGUUCUGUGUGUUAUCUGUGGUCUGAGAAUCAAGCUAGUACUCAACAUAAAAACCAACUUAGCAACUACUUUGAGCAAAUGCCUCAUAGUUUUUCACUUCAGGUCUAGUGACUGGAGUAUGGACCCCCAACUCUGAACUCCACUGCUUGAACAUCCCCCCAAGGAUGAGCCAGGGGCUUCCUGGCUAGUGUAGUCUACAAACAAGCAACAAGAGGGAGACUCAAUACAAACAAGAAUUUCAAA